GGUAACCUGAGCCGCCCGCCCCGCCCCGGGAACCCGAUGCCCCAAAGUCUAGGAUUAGAGGCUUGCCAACCCGUACCACGCCCUGGCCAGGUGUGCGGGACUCGACCAGGUGCGCGGCCGCCCCACCCCAGGCCCCGCGAGCCCUGCGGAAUGGCUGGGAGCCGGGGGCCAGGCCGCUGCUGGGACUCAAAUAGGGCCCUGAAGCCGGCCGCGCCACCUGGUGCCCGUCUCCCCCCAGACCGUCUGCGGGGGCCCGGGGCGGAGCGGGCGGCAGGUGCAGAUACCCGAGCCGCGCUGGGGGACGAGGCGCCCUCCGGGAACAGAUGGCCGGGGCCGGCCCCUUCCCACUCCCGCCCAGAGCCGGCCCAGCUGCGCAGCGCCUCCGGGACGCGGUGGGGCGCUGUAGGCGCGCCGACCGCGGCUCAGCUCCGACCCUUCUGAUUCUGCGUCGGCCUCCCCUCGAGCCGCUCCACCAUGGCUGCCGCCUUGGUGCUUCGCGGCGCUUCCCGUUCGCGACCUCUCCUGUGCUGCCCACACACCGAGCGCCUAUGGGCCCCACGGCGUGGACAUCGGCUCACGCCGGCCGACGAUGAGCUCUACCAGCGAACGCGCAUCUCUCUGCUGCAGCGCGAGUCCCCGAACACCAUGUAUAUUGACAGCUACAACAGUCGUGGCUUCACGGUCAACGGCAAUCGCGUCUUUGGCCCCUGCGCACUACUCCCGAACUCAGUGGUGCAGUGGAACGUGGGAUCUCACCAAGACAUCACCGAAGAGAGCUUUUCCCUCUUCUGGAUGCUGGAGCCCCCAAUAGAAAUUGUGGUGGUGGGCACUGGAGAUCGGACUGAGCGGCUGCAAUCCCAGGUGCUGAGAGCCAUGAGACAGCGGGGCAUCGCCGUGGAGGUGCAGGACACGCCCAAUGCCUGCGCUACUUUCAACUUCCUGUGCCAUGAGGGCCGAGUGACAGGAGCUGUGCUCAUCCCCCCACCUGGAGGGACUAUGCGCACAUCUCUGACCCCGUCUGCAGAGUGAACCAUCAGGACCAGACCUGUCCUGGAGGGGCCUACGACCUUGGCCAUUUGAAGACUCUCAGUAGCCCCUCCCCUUAGGCGCUGUAUUUUCUCUUACCUAGUAGCAAAUUAAUAAUUUAUGCAAUUCUCC